AUGUCCUGCCGAUCUUUCCUCCCCAGCUCCAACAACAGAAUCCGGAACUUCAGCUCCUGCUCAGCCUUCGUGCCUAGGUUGGGUGACCGCUGCUGCAUCAGCGCUGCUCCCUACCGAGGAGUGUCCUGCUACAGGGGACUGACUGGCUUUGGCAGUCGCAGCGUCUGUGGGGGCUACAGGGCUGGCUCCUGCGGCCGCACCUUCGGCUAUCGCUCAGGGGGAGUGUGCGGGCCCAGCCCCCCCUGCAUCACCACCGUAUCUGUCAACGAGAGCCUCCUGACCCCCCUCAACCUGGAAAUCGACCCCAACGCCCAGUGCGUGAAGCAUGAGGAGAAGGAGCAGAUCAAGUGUCUCAACAGCAAGUUUGCUGCCUUCAUUGACAAGGUUCGAUUUCUAGAGCAGCAGAACAAGCUCCUGGAGACCAAGUGGCAAUUCUACCAGAGCCGCAAAUGCUGCGAGAGCAACUUGGAGCCCCUGUUCAAUGGCUACAUCGAGACCCUGAGGAGGGAGCUGGAGUGCGUGGAGGCUGACAGCGGGCGCCUGGCAUCUGAGCUCAACCAUGUGCAGGAGGUGCUGGAGGGCUACAAGAAGAAAUAUGAAGAGGAGGUGGCCCUGAGGGCAACAGCAGAGAAUGAGUUUGUGAUCCUAAAGAAGGAUGUGGAUUUUGCCUAUCUCCGAAAAUCAGACCUGGAAGCCAAUGCUGAAGCCCUAACAGAGGAGAUUCAGUUCCUAAGGGCCCUGUAUGAGGAGGAGAUCCGAGUCCUCCACACCCACAUCUCAGACACCUCCGUCGUGGUGAAGAUGGACAACAGCCGAGAGCUCAACAUGGACUGCGUCAUUGCGGAGAUCAAGGCUCAGUACGACGACAUCGCCAGCCGCAGCCGGGCUGAGGCCGAGUCCUGGUACCGCAGCAAGUGUGAGGAGAUGAAGGCCACAGUAAUCCGCCAUGGGGAGAGUCUGCGCAGGACGAAGGAGGAGAUCAACGAGCUGAACCGCGUGAUCCAGAGGUUGACCGCCGAGGUGGAGAACGCCAAGUGCCAGAAUUCCAAGCUGGAGGCUGCUGUGACCCAGUCUGAGCAGCACGGUGAGGCUGCCCUCAAUGAUGCCCGCUGCAAAUUGGCAGGGCUGGAGGAGGCUCUGCAGAAGGCCAAGCAGGACAUGGCUUGUCUGCUGAAGGAGUACCAGGAGGUCAUGAACUCCAAGCUGGGGCUGGACAUUGAGAUCGCUACCUACAAACGGCUGCUGGAGGGAGAAGAGCAAAGGUUGUGUGAAGGUGUUGGAGCUGUGAAUGUCUGUGUGAGCAGCUCCCGGGGCGGGGUGGUCUGCGGAGACCUUUGUGUGUCAGGCUCGCGUCCGGUGACAGGCAGCGUUUGCAGCGCACCAUGCAGCGGAAACCUGGUGGUGAGCACUGGGGGUCCGUGUGUGCCCUGUGGCCAAAGUUUCAGCCGGGGGAGCAGCCGCUCGGUCCGAUUUGCCUAG